ACUAGUUUAGAGGAUGGUUAGAAGAUCAAUAACGAAAUUGCCGGUAUCAAUCACUGAAGCAAAUGAGAGAUGCACCUAUUGUUUAAGCUUAUACAAACCAAACAAAUUUAUCGUUUCGUUUACAUGUGGCCAUAAUAUGCAUCUAAAAUGUUUUUCAAAAUAUGCAGAAGGUUAUAGAACAUGUAUGCAGUGCCGACGACAUUUAAUAACUGGGGAAGAGCAAACAGAUUAG